CAAACGAUUUGUUUUGGUUUCUGUGUAGAAUCAUUUAGCUAAAGUUUGGGAGAAGAGAAACGGUUCGAUUUAGCAAGCAACAAGCACGUAAAGUUAUGUGAAGAUGAAUAAGCCUUAUGCUUUAAGCCUCUUGGUUGUUCGUAAACUCUCAUCUUAUCUUGGUGUCAAAAAAAUUGAUAAGAGAUUUAGAAAUCCAUGUUCAGAAUUGCAGCAAUAUAUUGAAGAGCCAUUAUUGAGAGAAAAUGAUACUCCUUUUAAUCCAAGCAUUGAAGAUAUGAAAAAAGCACAACAAAUAUUCAUGCCAAGUGAUGGCCAUACAAUAAAGUUUCUUGCAUCUGUGUCUGAUCCUGAACAAUUUCCUUUGUAUAAUUUACCCGAGGUGACAUUCAUUGGUCGCAGCAAUGUUGGGAAGUCAUCUUUGCUUCGAGCGUUAUUAGUCAAAGUUCCUGGGCUUAACAUUCAAAUUGCUAAAAAACCAAACCAAGAACAGAUGGUAAACUUCAUACAAGUUGGAAAUCUUUUAUGCCUUGUUGACAUGCCUGGAUAUGGUUUUAGACAGCCAGAAAGUUUCUUAAAAGCUGUGGAAGGCUACCUAAAAACUAGAAAAAACUUAAGAAGAACAUUUUUGCUUGUGGAUGGCAAAGUUGGUUUUCAAAAAUGGGAUGAAGUUGCAUUAGACAUGCUAGAGGAGUUCAAUGUACCUUAUGGACUAAUAAUGACUAAGAUUGAUAAGGCAAUAUUAUCACAGAGAUUGAGAAAUAUGCUUUAUCUUCAAAACAUAAGAAAUAGAAAUGUUUCAGGCUGUUGUUUCCCUCAUCCUUUUAUGAUAAGCUCUGUAACAGGUGAAGGAUUAGCUUAUCUUCAGGCUUACAUUGCAAGUAUAGGAGGCUGUUUGCAUCUUCAGUAA